AUGGACCGUGAGGAAGCUGUAGCUUGGGGCGUGUUUAUGCAGAGGUGGGAAGCGUUUGCAGCUGAGUGGGUUGGGUUGCCCGGUGAAAAGUUGUGGGUAAACUUUCUGGCAAACAACCAAGAAGCAGCAGAGAGGUUGGGCUUUGAGGUAGACCCGGCUGACCACUGGCCGCUGUCCCAGAGUGGUUGCUUGACAGACUGCGUCAUUUGUGACGCUCCGGAGAGCGACGAGGCGUUUGCGGGGUUUGAAGUGGCAGACGGGCGGGAGCAGGUGCGGGCGUGGGGAGCUGGUGGUUCGCAGGAGCUGCGCUGCAGCUGGUGCUGGAGUGACAGCGCCAGGGAUCGCUGGGAGAGUAGGCAGGCCGCGCGAGCACCGAAGCGGCGAACGCGGAGAGUGAGGGCUCAGUUGCGGAGGAGCGGAUCGCGGGAGGAGGUGCAGGCAAGCCAAGGGGGCUGGUGGGAAGAGGAGGAGGUUGACAUGGCCUCGGGCACGGGGUUGGAGGGGCGGCAGAGGUUUUCGGGCAAGAAGGGUGAGGGGCUCACCUUGAAGCAAUUUGAGUUGAUGGUCAAGGGAAGCCUGCAGGACCGCUUCAAGAAGCUUCAGAAGGAUGUUGGGAACCCAGUAGACGGGGCGGAGUUUAACGGCAGGUACUGCAUCUACCUCGGUGAGUUCCUUGACAACCCGGCGAAGUUGGCGCAUGAGCGGGAGUAUGAGGAGCAUUGCACGGAGACGGACCCUAUGGGGGCGCUGCUGAAGUCGCUCAAGCGUCACUUCGAGGAUCGGAAGGAGGGCAAGGCGCAGGAGUGGGUUGACUUCCGACGCGAGCCGGGGGAGGAGCUGCCGUCACUCCUGUUCAGGUUGAAAGGGUUGGCAAUUGACUUGGACAAGCAAGAUGCUGAUCAGGAGCUGGUCACCAAGUUCAUUACGAGCUUGGAGAGGCGGCUGGCGGAGCAGACUAGUUCCCAGGCCAUGGCAGCAACCAAGUCGGAGCCGGGUGGCGCCUACACGUUAGACGAGGCGUACAAGGCUGCGUUGAGGGUUCAGUCCAUCAACGCCAGGUUGCGGAUCGCACGGGAGUUGGUGCCAAGAGUGGCUGACACAUCGAGGGCGCGGUGGGGGCAGAAGCCGGCGGCUGCACACGUUGCCGCGGUUGCAGCGCCGGUACAGCUGGGUGCGGCCGGUCCCGCAGUUGGUGGAGGCUCGGGGGCCUGCCACAACUGUGGGGAGGUAGGGCACUACCGCAACGGUUGCCCCCACCCAAGACGGAACAGCUCCGGGAGGGGUCAGGGAGCCGGUGGCAGAGGAGGUGGCGGUCGGGGGCCCAGGUCGUGCUUUGUGUGCGGGGAAACCACACACUUGGCGGCCCAGUGCGCCAAGCGGGCCGCCCCAGUGGUUGCAGCUGCGGCCACCAACGCAGGCGGGGGCACGUUCGGAGGGGACAUUAGCGCGGCGGAGUUUAAGGCGUUCCAAGACUGGCGCGCCAUGUCACAGGCGGCAGUCGCAGCGCAGGUCGAGGGGCCAACGGACGAGGACGACUGCGAGUGGGACGAGCUGGAAUACGGGCUGGGGGCGGUGGCGCUCCCGUUGUUUGAGCAGGAGGGGUUGCCCGUUGUGAUGGCAGCAGCCGGGACCCGCGCAGGCGCGGAGAAGGCCAGAGCAACCAGGGCGGCACGCAGCGGGGGGCCAGGAGCGCAGAGCGGUUUAGCUGUCAAGGGGGGAGUACAGGGAAACAGUGUGGGGGGCCCUGUUGGGACUGCAAAAAUCGCUCCUCCGGUGGACCUGGCGGCGACAGAGGCGCUCAAGGCGCGCAGGGACAAGGCAGCCGCAAGGGAGCGGUUGGUGAAGCUGCCCGACCACGGUCGCCACGUGGCCCCGCAGGGGCUCAACAGAUUGCCCAAGGGCUUCGCGGUGGCCGUCAGUGCACAGGCAAGAGGGAGCAGGCCGGAGGGGACGGUGACGCUGGGGUUGGGCGCCUUCCUGGCGCUGGCUGGACGCGCUGGGAUGGACCUGGCGGCGGUUGCUGAGAUGACGCGUGCAGGGGGGGUGAUGGAAAUGCAGACACCCAAAUCAGGCGUGAAGGGCUCGGGGGCGGGGCUGUCGCCCAUUGCAAUGAAGGCACUCCGCGCGCGCGAGGCCGGCGAGGUGUUGGGUGGUGAGAGUUUGCAGACUGGACAGGGCGGGGAGAAGCCCCAGAGCUGGGUGCAGGUAGCAAAGGGGGGCGCAAGCAGCAGUUAG